GCUGGCCAAGCUGGAUGCCGGGAACCGUGUGAGACCGUCGGAUGUGCCUCAGCACGAUCAUCAUGUGUCCUCGGUGCCUACCAGUCCCAUCGUACCCUGGAAUCUUUAUCCGCCUAUGGGAGAUGAUCUAGAUUACCCCGGGGCAGAGCUGCUCUUUGAUUUGAACAUACCAAUGUAUCCUCCACCGCCGGACGGGGGCCUAUGCCAGUCAACCCUGGUAGACACAAUCACGGAUGGUGAUAUAUCUGCUGCAUUGGGUACUGACCACAGCAACCCGGCAUCAACCCCUGUUCUAUCUUCGUCGGAUUCCACUCUGCCCUCCACCACCAAUCAUGCUGCCGCAAAUACUAUCGACAGUGAGCCAUCUGAGCAACCUUCCUGUGCGUGUCUCAAGCUCCUGACAGAGCAGCUAUGUCAUCUCAAUGCCACUGAGCGCAAGCACAGCACCAUCUCGCCGGACCGGAUUCUGUCCCUGGCUUGGGUGGUUCUCAGCUGCUCUGAUAGUGCGCUGGCGUGUGCCUUUUGUCGGCUGGACACUACAGUGCUGCAGCUGAUCACCAACACCUUGCAAACGAUCUUUCAUUGGGCCAAGGUGGAUUACCAGGACGCCGUUCAACAUCCCCUUCCGCCGAUCCAAUAUGGCGACUGGAUGGUGCCUGAAGCGGAGAGCCACCUGAUAAAGCUGCUGCUGACGAAGCGGGUCCUGAGUCUCAGUCACUCGGUGGUCACGCUUCUGGGGCUCCGGGUGGAGGAAAUCCAGCUGCUGGCCAAGAAGCAGAUGAAAUACCAGUUUAUAGAUAUUGGGCAUAUGCGACAGGCGGUCAAGAGGCUUUUUCUCUCGUUGACCGAGCUGGAUGGGAUUGUCCAGCGUUGUGGCAAGGGGAAGCAACAACUUGGUCUGGAUGGUCUGUUCGCGCACCCCCCUUCAGAGCCAACCCGGCUUGCCUCGGACUGGGAUUCAGAGUAGGCUGGCUGGCUCGAGUCAGGCCAGCUGUCAAGGUGCCUUCCUGGUAGCACGCUAUCAAGGAAGACGCUACGCCCACACUUACCGCAUCAAGAAAGAAACCGUCUGAUAAGUUAUUAUUCAGACUACGUUUUAAGUCCUGUGGCUUCACACAGAACAUGAAAUCGGAUCUGAAGCAGGGCCCUAAGUCGA